AUGGCAUACUCUGAGAAGGAGCCGAUUGAUGGCGUUACUCACCUAGAGACGAAGAAUGAACCACAAAUAUUCCAUGGCAAGACCAACGAGGUCUACUCAGUGGCCUUGACAGAUGCUGUUGUCAAGGACAAUCAGUCGAUGCUAAGCAGGAACAUGAUAAAGCUGUACUUUAUCAUGGUCCUAGUAACGUUGACAAGCUGUAUGAACGGCUACGACGGCUCCGUCAUGAGCUCUUUGAACGCCAUGGAGCCUUUCCAUACCUAUUUUGGCAUCUCCAUGGAAGGAUCGAGCAUUGGAGCAGUCACUGCGCUAUACAGUGUUGGAAAUAUUGUUGGCUGCAUGUUUGCUAGUCCCGCCUCUGAUCUUAUGGGCCGUCGAUUCGGAAUGUCAAGUGGAUGCACCGUUAUUGUUAUUGGAACGAUCAUCCAGGCCACUACCAAAACUAUUGGUGGAUUCAUGGGCGGACGACUUUUGGUUGGAUUGGGAGUCACUCUGGUCACCACAUCAGCUCCUAUAUAUCUCAUCGAAAUUGCUUACCCGACAUGGCGAGGUAUUGGUAGUGGUCUUUUCAACGUGUGCAGUUGGUACAUCGGAUCCAUGACAGCCUCUUGGACCACGUAUGGUACUGGUUUCAUGACUUCGGAUUGGAGUUGGCGUAUCCCCGUUAUCAUCCAAGCCAUUCCCGCAGCUAUAGCAAUGGGUUUGGUGUGGCUCAUUCCCGAAAGUCCGCGUUGGCUGAUUAUGCGUCAACGCUCAGAAGAAGCACGAAAUAUAUUAAUAAAGUACCAUGGCAAUGGACGGGAGGACUCCGCCGUCGUUCAAUUAGAGUACGACGAGAUCCAUGCUCAGAUAGCAUACACCCGGGAGUUGGCGAGCGGACAAAAGUGGUACGACUACCGCAUUAUCGUCAACUCCCAUGAGGUUCGGUAUCGUAUGUUUCUCGUGCUACUGGUCACAUUUUUCAGUCAAUUUAUUGGUGKCUCUAUAAGCUAUUAUAUGCCCGUUGUCUACGAAAAUCUGGGAAUAACUAGCUCCAGCAAGCAACUGCUAUUAAAUGCACUCAACACCGUUGUUGGUUUUGUCUUUGGUCUCGCUGGCUCCUGGACUGUGGAAAGCUUUGGUCGCCGUAACUUGUUUCUCUGGGGCACAUUUAUGACUGGGCUUUGCUAUCUUGUGAUGAACGUUUUUGCAUCCUUGGCCAAUGGCCAUAUCAGCAACUCCAUGGGCUACGGUUUCAUCUUUAUGAGUUUCUUGUAUGGAGCAAUCUUCUCUUUUUGCUGGACACCACUACAGGCCUUGUAUCCGACCGAAGUUCUCCGCAAUGAUGUCCGUGUGAAAGGUAUGGCUGCUCAAGGUGUACUCUCCGGCCUCGGCUCGUUCAUCAACAUGUACGCGACUCCAGUGGCGCUGCAAAACAUUGGCUGGAAGACUUACACUAUUUUCCUGGUCAUCCACUUUGUGGAAUGGGCAUUCAUGUACUUCUUCCUUGUGGAAACAAAAGGCCGUUCGCUUGAGGAGCUAGAUGAGAUCUUUACUGACCCUAAGCCAGUCAAGCGGUCACUGCAGAAGAAGAAGGUCAUUGUGGAGGGCGGAAUAGGAGUUAUGUCAAAAGCGGAGGACUGUUGA